UUUCCGCCGGGGGUGAUGCCAUGGCUGCUGCCAGUUCCAGCAGGGCCAGGGCUGGGCUGCCCAGUGAGAAGUCCCAGCUCUCUGUGAAAGUCGUGUCUGUGAAGCCCAAGGUGCAGAGCCGCCCGUCGCGGAUGAACUGCUACGUGGAGGUGGCAGGUGAUGGGCUGCCCAGUGAGACCAAGAAGACUGGGAAGCAGAUGGGGAGCUCUGAGCUGCUGUGGAACGAGAUCCUUAUCCUGAACGUCACAGCUCAGAGUCACUUGGACCUGAAGGUGUGGAGCUGCCAUACCCUGUGGAAUGAGCUGCUGGGCACUGCCUCUGUCAGCCUCGGCAGCCUCCUGAAGAGCGGCGGGAAAUUGGAGAACAGGCAGCUGACCCUGGACCUGCAGACAGAGAACAAAGGCAGCGUUGUCUCUGGCGGUGAGCUGACGAUUUUCCUGGACGGCCCUGCUGUUGAUCUGGGAAGCCUGCCCAAUGGCAGCGCCGCCACAGAGGGUGAGUGCCGCCCGGUCGCGCGUGGCAGGGAGAGUGGUGGAGCUGGGAGCACAGCCCCAGCACCUCUCAGCCACUGCUGGUGGCCACCUCCUCUCCCAGGGUCCCAGCUGCCUGGACGAGAGCCCAGCAGCAUGGCUGCAGCUAUGGAGGGCAGACACCAGCCUCCCUCUACAAACUGCUUUGGAAGCAGAGCAAGGACACACCGACAUGCAGCUGGAGUGGCCAGGCAGAGCUCAGGGAGUGGAGAGCAAAGUCCCAGCAGCAGGAGCCGGCACCGGCAGCAGGCCAAGAGCACACAGCAUACCAGCAUGGCCAACGGCACAGCUCUGCCCUUUGCCUUUCCAGUGAAUGGGGAUGCAGCAGGUGCUGCAGACACCGAGGAGGAGAGGCCGGCGGUGGGAGCGAGCAUUCCUAGCCCACCGAUGUCGAGCACGGCUGACAGCUCUGUUCCUCCUGCCCUUCCUGCUCUGCCCAGCUCCGGAGAGGCAGAAGAGGCAGCCCCCAGCUCCAGUGCCCCACGGGCCCGGGCGGCAGUGCUGGCCCUGGAUGCUCUGCCCCCCGGAUGGGAACAGCGUGAGCUGCCUAAUGGUAGAGUCUACUAUGUAGACCAUAAUACCAAGACCACCACAUGGGAGAGACCUCUUCCUCCAGGGUGGGAGAAACGUGUGGAUCCUCGGGGCAGGUAUUACUAUGUGGAUCACAACACCCGGACCACCACGUGGCAGCGUCCCACGGCCGAGUACGUCAGGAACUAUGAGCAGUGGCAGUCCCAGCGAAACCAGCUCCAAGGAGCCAUGCAGCAGUUCAGCCAAAGAUUCCUGUACCAGUCAUCCGGAGCCCCGUCUGACAAUGAUCCUCUUGGUCCCCUUCCUCCUGGCUGGGAGAAGAGACAGGACAAUGGGCGAGUCUAUUACGUGAACCACAACACACGGACCACGCAGUGGGAGGACCCCCGCACGCAGGGGAUGAUUCAGGAGCCACCGCUGCCGCCCGGCUGGGAGAUGAAGUACACGAACGAGGGUGUGCGCUAUUUUGUGGACCACAACACUCGUACCACCACCUUCAAGGACCCACGUCCUGGAUUUGAGUCUGGGAGCAAACAGGGUGGCUCCCCGGGGGCAUAUGACCGAAGCUUUCGCUGGAAGUACCACCAGUUCCGCUUCCUCUGCCAUUCAAACGCAUUGCCCAGCCACGUGAAGAUCAGCGUUUCCCGGCAGACACUCUUUGAGGACUCUUUCCAGCAGAUUAUGAACAUGAAGCCGUACGACCUGCGCCGUCGCCUGUACAUCAUCAUGCGAGGAGAGGAGGGCCUGGACUAUGGGGGCAUUGCUAGGGAGUGGUUCUUCCUCCUGUCUCAUGAGGUGCUCAACCCCAUGUACUGCCUCUUUGAGUAUGCUGGCAAGAACAACUACUGCCUGCAGAUCAACCCUGCCUCCUCCAUCAACCCCGACCACCUCACCUACUUCCGCUUCAUUGGCCGCUUUAUCGCCAUGGCUCUGUACCAUGGGAAGUUCAUUGAUACUGGCUUCACACUGCCCUUCUACAAGCGGAUGCUGAACAAGCGGCCCACACUGAAGGACCUGGAAUCCAUUGACCCUGAGUUUUACAACUCCAUUGUUUGGACCAAGGAGAACAGCCUAGAAGAGUGUGGUCUGGAGCUGUACUUCAUCCAGGACAUGGAGAUCCUGGGCAAGGUGACCACCCAUGAGCUGAAGGAGGGUGGUGAGAGCAUCCGGGUGACAGAGGAGAACAAGGAGGAGUACAUCAUGCUGCUGACAGACUGGAGGUUCACACGGGGUGUGGAGGAGCAGACCAAGGCUUUCCUGGAUGGUUUCAAUGAGGUGGUGCCACUGGAGUGGUUGCGGUACUUUGAUGAGAAGGAGCUGGAGCUGAUGCUGUGCGGCAUGCAGGAGAUCGACAUGAACGACUGGCAGAAGAAUACCAUCUACAGGCACUACACCAAGAACAGCAAACAGAUCCAGUGGUUCUGGCAGGUGGUUAAAGAGAUGGACAACGAGAAGAGGAUCCGGCUGCUGCAGUUUGUGACGGGGACCUGCCGCCUGCCCGUCGGGGGCUUUGCAGAGCUCAUUGGCAGCAAUGGGCCCCAGAAAUUCUGCAUCGAUAAAGUUGGCAAAGAGACGUGGCUGCCACGAAGCCAUACAUGCUUCAACCGCCUGGAUCUCCCUCCCUACAAGAGCUAUGAACAGCUGAAGGAGAAGCUGCUUUAUGCGAUUGAGGAGACAGAAGGAUUUGGACAGGAGUGA